GGGGGAAAAAAACCCCCCCACCAGCACAGGACCGUGUCUGGGACUAUGAACCUUUGGCCGCUCAGACCCCGCACGAGGAGGCCGAGCCCAUGGUGAGGAGGAGGAAGCCGGUGGAGCAAGCCGAGGAGCGCCAGGAUGGGAUGACGGCGAGGUGUGUGGCUGAUGAGGGGCUGAAGCCAUUGUGCAAAAGGUCUGGGGAAGAGGAGAGCGCAGAGGGAGAUGGUGAGAGUGAAGGAGGUGGAGGAGGAGGUGGAGGUGGCGGAGGAGGAGGAGGCGGCGGCAGCAGCAGCUCUCAACACAACACAAAGAGAGAAGAUCCCUCAGCCACGGCUGUUGGCACCAGCCAGGAUCAACAUCAUUUCUUAAGAUCCAGCGUCAGGCCGCCCAGCAAGAGGUUACGGAAAGAUUCCACCACUUGCAACGGAUCCAAUGCCUCCCAAAACAAUAAAGGAAAAGGUCCUGAGGGAGGAGCUUCCACCUCUAGCUGCACAUCUGGCAUUGCCGUGGGCACAGCUGGAGGGAGCAGUAAAGGCACUGGCAAGAAUUUAUCUUCGAUCUCGGGAGAAAAGGAGGAAGGGAAUAAGAAGAAGGCUCGUAGGCAGUGGGAGUCCUGGAGUGCAGAGGACAAAAACUCCUUUUUUGAAGGGCUGUAUGAGCAUGGGAAGGAUUUUGAAGCCAUACAGAAUAACAUUGCUCUGAAGUAUAAGAAGAAAGGAAAACCGGCCAGUAUGGUGAAAAACAAGGAGCAGGUUCGGCAUUUCUACUAUCGCACGUGGCACAAAAUCUCCAAAUACAUCGACUUCAACAACGUGUUCUCCCGAGGGCUGAAGAAAUCCUCCCAGGAGCUUUACGGGCUAAUCUGUUAUGGGGAACUUCGCAAGAAAAUUGGCGGAUGCAUGGAUGACAAAAAUGCAGCUAAACUCAAUGAAUUGAUUCACGCUGGGGCGACCACAGUCCGAUACAAAGGCCGAAACCUACGGAUAAAGGCACCAAUGUGCCGAGCUUUAAAAAAACUCUGUGAUCCUGACGGUAUUAGUGAUGAAGAGGAUCAGAAACCCGUCCGGCUGCCGCUGAAAGUGCCUCUCGAGCUGCUGCCGCGCAGUAACUAUGCUUGGGCAAGAGUUCAGAGUUUGGCACAGAAUCCUCGACUCCGGAUGAUGGUGGAACUCCAUCGGAAGGUUUCCAGUCUCAUUGAAUUCCUCAAACAGAAGUGGGCUUUACAGGAGGUUAGAAUUCGUAAGGCAUUAGAGGAGCGUCUGCAUGACUGUGGAGAUGGUGAAUUAGGGGUUGUGAAGCCCGAGGCUGAACUGCACCUGUUUCCUGCAGAGAACUGUACUUUAAACACAUUGCCUGGAGUAGCCAAGGUGGUUCACUCAAAGGCCUGUUGCACAGUGCACUGGCAGGAGACUGGAAGGUGUAGACAGAGCAUAAAAGAUGCUCAUUUACUGCCACCAGUACAGAUCCUGGCUAGGGUCUCUGGCGCAAAAGACCCAAACGCUUCUGUCAGCCAGGCAGCACAGAGCACAGUGAAGGGGAACGUCAAACAGGCACGGGCCACCAGCAAAGUAGGGGGGUUGGAAUCGGGAAAACACGGACCAUCAACUGGAGAAGGAACACAAGGCACCGAGGAUCAGCAGAACCCCUCAUUGGAAGCUACUUCUGCUGAAGAGGCAGCUUUGCAGCAGGAGAGUCCCAAACGGGAAGAACUUUUAGAUGUGGGGCAACAGGAAGUGCGAGAGAAUGGAGACAACCCAUUGAAUUCUCCUAAAGCUAACUGUGAUGUCUGCACUGAGGAAUGCAAUGAUAAUGAAGCAGUGCUGCUGGAACCUUGGAUUCAGUCAGCGCUGCUGAGGAGCGUUUGUGGGGGCGUCGUGGACACGGAUGAAAUAUCCCUUUUGGACCCAUUUCCUCGUUAUAUGAAGUCUUGUCGGAACUUAGUGGUUCCGGAGAAGUGUUUAUGUAAGGAUAAAUCUGAAAAGGUCGUUGGUGGGUCAGAUGUGAAUGGAAUUGCCCUUGACCCCAGUACUGUGCAUUUGGGGAAUGUAGAAGGGAUGGACCUCAGCACUGAACCAUGUUUAACAUCAGGAUUACAGUUACCUGGUGACACCAUUUCAAAAACGUCCAUGUCUGCUCCCCUGGAUGAUGGUGACAAUACAUCUCUUUCUGCUGAGUGCUCUCAGGAGCAGACAAUAUCAUGUAGCCAGGAGGUGUCUGAGUUGGAUUGCCCUGGGAGACGGGACUCUCUUGCUGCGGCCUCUCAGGGGCAGUCUGCUAACGCUGUUUCGAAAGCAUCGAAAGAUGAUGCAGCCCACCUGGCCCAACCUGCACAAGAAGAGUGUUGGAACCUGAGAACAGCUGAGAAUCUGACGCUGGCAGAAGUGUUCCUCAUGUUGGGGAAACCCAGCAAACUGCAGAUGGAAUAUGACUGGGUGCAGAUCGAGCGGAAUGAGGCAGAGGAAAGUGAGCAGACUAGGAGUUCAGGCCUACACACUCAGAAGCUACUCAAGUGCUUAUUGCAAAUUAUCGCCACCGAAGUCAAUCCCAAACCCUGUCCAGACACCAGCUCUGUGGCAACCUCUCCUAUGAAGUUGAGCCACGAAGAUCAGACACACACUCCUCCGGGGAAGGUGAUCACUCUCGCACGCAGUCCUGGCUGUGUCAGAAAUGCUGCAGGAAUUCGAGCAAACAAAACAUUAUCUCCCACCACUGCUUCAGGACUGCGUAAUGUGCAGAAGAGCCUGGUGGUUUCAUGUUCAUCAGGUGCCACAGGAACCUCCAGCAAUGAUGCAGACACUGGCGUGUUUGCUGUUCCCACAAUUCUGCCUCCGAACAGUAGACACAAUAAGCUGUUCUCACCCAACAAAGACGCCGAAAUGAGUUUCAGGCAGCAGCUGGAUUCCUUCAGUAGACAGCCAGAUAUUUACCUACCCAAACAGAGGAAACUGCGGAAUAAUCGUCCACGCAAACCACUGGUGGUGCAGAGAACGCUGUUACCGCGACCAACCGGAAGUUCUUCCCCACACGUCUGUUCUUUUUCCAUCUUAUCCAAUUCUUCUGCUGCAGGCACAGGCUCGUUCCGUCCUCUCCAGUCGUCUCUUUCCAAAAGCUCUCUAGCUCGUCCUAUUGUUCCCAAAGCCAUUCCAGCAGCUACCAGCCAGUUCUCCAGUGCAAUUGACCUGGCAGCUAAAUCAGCAGGUAUAAUUCCAGGCAGCCCAGUGCGGGUCCUGGAGACCGAAGGAUCACCGGAGUUAACAUCCUUGUCAACAGAAGCAGUUUCCAUAGUGACAGCAAGCCACGAUCUGUCUUCUGUGGAGCAGAAUGGGAGUGGGACAGCACUGAGCUCUACCGGGAGAGAACUUGACAAAAAUAUCCUUCAGAAUGGUUUGUCCUCUCCAAUGGCUGAGGCCCCCAGCUCCCUCUUCACAUCUCCCCCGAACGUGUCUGCUCUCCUGGACAUCUCCUUGCCAGGACCCCCCGAUGACGUGCUGUCCCAGGGUGGGCCCCACAGCCAGAUCAGUGACUCCAUCAUAGAACUUGCUAUUAACUCCACUCAGUACAUCAGUGGUGACAGUGCGCCACUCUCUCCGACAAAGCUCAACGGUAGUGAUAGCUCGAAGAGUCUUCCGUCUCCUUCCACCAGUCCUCAGCGCAACUGGAUUGCCUCUCCCACCCAUGACCCCCAGUGGUAUCCCAAUGAUUCUGCUGACUCCUCCCUGGGCAGUCUGCUAUCGAGCCUGAUCUCUCCUGAGAAAGGCAGAAAGAUGCUCACCAACAGCAACAGUAACUCCCUGCUCGGAAACAGCCUCCUGGAUGGGAACUCCCGGGAUUCCUUUGUGUCCCGCUCACUGGUGGAUGUGUCUGAGGUCGACUCUCAGCUGGUGUGUAUGAUGAAUGAGAACAGUGUGGAUUACAUCGCCCGAUUUAAUGACCUUGCCCAGGAGCUCUCGGGGGCAGAGCCGUCCAGAAAGGAGAUACUUUUCGACAGCGGAACUCCGAUCGGUGAUCUCUCACAGUAAGGUUGUAACUGAGUGAGGGGCUGUUUAAAUAAGAGUCCUGUUUCUCAGCACCUUACCGGUCGAGCAGCCAUCGCAGGCACUGACUACUGGGGAAAACAUUUGUGAAUGACACCGAGAGAGUUUUAAAAUGUGCAAUACACUGAUCAAGCUUCCCAGGAAUCAGUAUUAGACAGAUGAUGAGAGUGAGCUGGCAUCAGUGGCACUGCGUCAACUACAACACAGAAGUCAAGCUGGUCCCGAGGUUUGGACUGAACACUAGGCUACAAUUCUCUCCCUGAUUUUCAACCGGAAUCACUAUCGCAGCGUGCACUUGGAAUGGCCACUGCUGGUUGUGUGUGAAUGUAGGGUUCUCAAACCAAUCUGGAACUCUUGGGGUUUGUAUUGAGUGUUCCCCAGAUUGAUUGUGUUUAGAGAGAAUUGUACACAUUUUUUAUUGAUAACACACCGACUCUUGUACUUCAGAAUGAACGGGAGCUGCCGGCCUGUGAUACCGAGUGCUGAACUGCCGUUUGAAAGAGUAGACAGAUAAGCAAAUUGUAUUAAUUUAGAAAAUAGCACCAUGUUUCCAAUGUUUCAGCACUUUUUCAGGCUGUGUUUGGUGUCAAAAAGCACAGAGGUGAUUUUUAGUAUUACAGAAAAAUGUUAAUAAGACAGCAAUCCAUAAGCAGGAGGCUUGCUCCAGCCUUGUUACCCAUAUUCCAUCAUACUCUCUGUAACUUUUAUAUUCGUUUUAAUAUAAGGCCAUGCUUUUAUUUGUCCGUCCUUUGCUGUGGUUUGCUACAGCUAGGCCCAAAUGAUCUGGAGUGGAAAUUAUGGCUGGGUGUGUUGUGUCUACUAGGUUUGCACAAGCUCUUAAUUUCUGCGUCAAUGAAAUAGGAAGGCUUUAUUUCUUUUUUUAGAAAGAAUGUGAUUUCUUUUUCUUUCUCAGUGAGGGUAUAGAUUUCUCUGUGAGUUCAGGCGUCACUUUCGGAAAGUUCCGAAUGCAGAGUGAUUGGUUUGUCAGAAUCCAAACCUUCAGUGUUCUAAGGUGAAGCAGUGUUGAAUGGAACGCUAUGACAGACCAUCGCUUCACCUUCAGCAGAUUGCAGGUCUCACUUCACACUGAGAGCCAUUGAGAGCUACAAAGGGGUGUGUGUGCUUAGUGCAGAGAAGAAAAACAGGGCAAACAAAUUUAACUCUUGCAAAUCUCUGCUGUCAAAACGGACUUGCAAAUCCAUGAGCUAGACCAGCCCUGAUACUUGUCCCAUUGGGAAUCAUUGAUUAAAGAUUAGUUCAGAGUAGUUAAGUGCAUUGACCAACUGUAUGACCGCCUCAACAGGUUUCCUCCGACAACACUUAGCCCUGUUAGACUUUAUAGUAAUAAACUUUGCAUUUGCUUUAACUUUGAGAUGAUGACUCAAAAGCGCUUCACUGGGAAUUAUUGUCAAGCGUA